AUGGGGGAUCAACCGUCUCAGCAGGUCGUUUAUGGCGCUACCUCUUCUAAUCUGAUCAUCGAUGCCCGACCAACAACGAACGCCAUGGCGAAUACUGUUAAGGGAGCUGGAACCGAAAAUAUGGAGUAUUAUAAAGGAUGUCGCAAGGCCUACCUAGGAAUCGAUAAUAUUCACGUGAUGCGCGAUUCCCUCGCUAAAGUUGUAUCGGCCAUUCACGAGUCACUCGUGACCGGAACUCCUGUAUCCUUGGACUCGCUCAAACGAAGUGGAUGGCUAAAACACAUUGGGGCAAUUCUAGAAGGCACCAGUCUCAUCACACGGACAGUCCAUGUUUACAAUUCGCAUGUGCUCAUUCAUUGCUCUGACGGAUGGGAUCGGACAUCGCAACUUUCAGCUCUUUCGCAAGUCUGUCUAGAUCCGUACUACCGAACUUUCAAAGGCUUUGCAGUUCUGGUUGAAAAAGACUGGCUCAGCUUUGGCCAUAAAUUUUCUGAUAGAAGUGGAAUCGUCAUUUCUGGGCGUGAAAGAGUAAGUUUCGGAGACUCGCCCAAUCAUUCCAACUAUUCUUCAAACGUCACACGCGAAGAUCCCGACGAGAGUAUCUCGGGGAGUGGAGCUUGGGUGACUUCGAUACAGAAACAACUGAACUUCGGUCACUCCGUUGGUUAUUCGCAUGCAUACAAAGAGACUUCACCCGUCUUUCAUCAAUUUCUCGACUGUGUUUAUCAACUCCAAUGUCAAUAUCCAAAACGAUUUGAGUUUAACUCAUGUUACCUCGAACGACUUCAUCAAGAGCUUCAUGCUGGAAAUUAUGGGACGUUUCUCUUCGAUUGCGAGAAGGAAAGGAUCGAAGCCAAAGCUUCACAUUUGACACGUUCUGUAUGGGAGUUAUUCCUCCCCCCAAACGAUAUUUCGAAAUAUAAAAACCUGCAAUACGAUCCAUUGCUAGACGACCCAAGCAACAGAUUAAACACGGAUCAAGGCGUUCUUUACCCCGAGGUCAAAGAUGUGAUCUUCUGGUGGGAGGCCUUCGGCUGUCCGAACGAAGAAAUGAAUCCGCCAAAAGUUCCAGAUCCUUGUCCAAAUGCGGAUUUUACCCAUGUCCAGCCUGUGUCCUCACAGACCGACGAAAUCACGGAAUCUUCUGAAAAUCUGGAAAAAUUGACAUUUGAAAAGGUUUCAAGCCCGAGCCCUCGUCCCCCUCGAGUAUCGGAUGGUCUACCAGAUCUAUCUACCCCAAAAACACUACCCAGAGACUUGACAUCAGGUUCCUUAGUUUCUAGCUCGAGCGUAAAUGAUGCUUCAACAAGUUCUCACCUGUCGAGCAGCUACUCGGACACACAGUUUUCAACCAGCCCGAACCCUGCCGCCGAUCAAUUUCAAAACGCCUUCCAACAAGCCAAGAUCAUGGGGUGGAGCACAUGGGACCGCUUGAAGAAGGGCUACGAAGAAGUCGCAAGGGGUUCGGUGUCCACUACUUCCCCACGUACCUACCACCACCAAUCGCCCUCCAGAUCACCGGCUCACAGUGCGAGUGCCAACAAUCGACUCUCACUCUCACCUCAGAAUCAACAAUAUGCACUCAAUUCUGAGCUCAAUCCGUGGUCUGCACCCGACCCUCGUCCGUUAUCAUCAUCUCUGAAAUCUUCACCAACUCCUACUCGAUCACCGAAUCAACAACAUAAUCACGGAGCCCUCUCAUUGCCUAUCAAUGACCCCUGGCAAGCGACAACUGAAGAUGAGCCCAGGUCAAUCUUGUCGACCCUUGCGCCUCGCUCCCACAGUCCCAGACAUCCUCCCGUCUCGCAUGACAAUAUCGACAACCUACUGAGCACAAAUCCUGGGAAAGAUCCCAACAAUAACAAAACCCCACUCAGCUUCAAAAGCUCGUCCACCCAUUCUCAAGAGACUAGCUGCAGGGUUCAACAAGCAGAUAUCGACCCUCUGGGCGUCGGCUUUACUUGA